AUGGAACAUACUACUUCGUUUGGCCCUAGGGUUGUACCAAGCACUGACUUUUCAACAUCUCGAGCUGACCUAUCAAUUCCCGAUCCUGCUAUACGCAAAAGUAGGAAUAUUCCCAAGGUUCUCCUAUGGUUCCGGUCCCAGCUGAACUUUAACUUAAAGCUCAAUCGCAAGAGUACUGUAAAUUUUGGCUGGAAAUGUAAAUGU